AGAUAAAAUUUUCAUAAAAAUGUUCAAAGGAUUUGCGGUACUCGCAUUGGCUUUCGCCUCAGCCAGGGGACAUCUAGCGUGGCCUGGAGGCGAUUUCCAGGCAGUGCAGGGGCUCUACAUUAAGCCCUCUGGCGACGGCACUACAGGAGACCUCUACGUAGCCGCCACGGAAGACAACGGAGUCAGCUCGCAGUGGCUGACCGACCAGCCAGUCAACUUCCUGGCAGCUGGAUCACAUCCUCAACCUACCGCUCUACCUUUAUUUUCAGCACUAAGUAACGCUCUACCACUGGAGGAAUCGACUAGUACUCAAAAGCGCGCCGCAAUCACAGGCGCAGCUGCAAAAUACGCCUACGGCCUGCCUGCUGAAUCUGGUUACUCAUCAUACGGCUACGCUGGUAUCCAGGCUCCCAAGUCUGAAGCAGUUCCGGCGACUGCUACCAAGCCAGAGGCCUCGGGUUCUGCUGUUCCUCAAUAUGCAUACAAUUACUUGUAUCCUCAUAUGGUGCACGCCGCCUACUCUAGCGCCUUAAAGGUCUUAAAGGAUGCUGGUGUAGGUAGCGAGGAUGCGUCUAACAACAAUGCGGUUGCGCCGUACCCGACAUCCUAUUGGCCUGCUUCCUACUACCCCAUGCAUUACAUAAUGACGGACCCUACUGCUUGGGCUAAGAAGCAUGCCGCCGCUUUAACAACGUCUACUGCUGCCACUCCAGUAGACUCUGAUGAAGAAAAGCCUGAAUUAAAUCUUUAACAAUAGUAUAGUUUAAUAACUUAUUGACAUUUACUUUAAUAAUUUAUUGUUUCUCUAUAAUCUGAAUAAAAAACGAAAAUAU